AUGAACUAUACCAUUAUGUGUCUGCAAGAUGAUGGUUUAAACCCUUCCCAUUAUGUCUCAGCACCAGGAAUGUUUAAUGAUUUCCUAUACAAGAGUAGUGGAGCUGAACUCAAACUUAUAACAAAUAUAGACAAGUACUUGAUGGUUGAAAAUAGCAUUCGUGAAGGCAUGAUAAUGACAAGUCAUCAAUAUGCUAAAGCAAAUAAUUCACAAUGUUCAGACUAUAAGUUCAGUAAACCGAAUUCCUGGAUCAUGUAUGAGGAUAUGAAUGCUUUAUAUUCAGAUGCAAUGACCCAAUAUAUGCCUACAAAAAUCUUAAGUAAAGUAGCAUUAGAGAAAAUACCAGAUAUCCAAAGCAUAGUGCCAGAUGCAAAAAUAGGCUAUAUACUAGAAGUUGAUCUAGAAGUUUCAGUGCACAUGCAUGAUUUCUUUGCAGAUUAUCCAUUAGUACCCGAAAAGCAAAUAGUUCCAGAAGACUGA